GUUGCAGCAGUAGCUGUGCUGUGCAUUAUAGAUCCAGCCAAAGAGUUUGAAGCAGUGUUGUUGCCUGUCGGAUGUGUCUUCACUGGGAGCUGCAGCGUUGUCCCUCUCUUUACCCCCUCUGCGGGCCCUUUUCUCUUUUACUAUGGUAAUAGUGACAUUCAGCUGGAAAGGCUAGGAACAGACAUCAAAAGCCUAGACAGCGCUAGUGAUUUUUCCUUUUUUUAAGUCCCCUUGUGUCUACCCAGCAUUAAGCUCACAAUGCUGGACCUGAGACGUCGCAUGGAGCUGCACCUUACUUGUCCUACUGUUGGCUGGGUGGCAUAAGCGGAAUUUGCACGCUUGCCUUGAUGCCGAUAAUAUCUUCCCGGAGAUCUCUGGAUAAUAAACACUUGGACAGAAUUUUACUGCAAUAUCUGCAGCUCCUAGACAUUACCAUUCGACACUGCUUGUAUAUGGCAAAGUUUUUCGCAGAGCUUCUGGGCUGCACAUUGCGAGACAAGGGUGCGUCUCCUACGUUUGAGAUAAAGAGUCAGUCCCGUAUAAGCCUAAAUCAGAGCACCAAGAGGAAGACAACCAUAUUCAGCACCUUAACCGUUGAGAAGUCACUAUGCGAGACAAAACUGGCAAAUGUAUUUACUGAAUUUGGCCAUGUAAAUUUAAACCCAGGUGCCAAUCUUCUUCUGGAAAUGGGCAAUAAACUUUGCUCCUUGCCUAUGAAUCAUGUCUUCACAGGAUGA